AAACUAUUGUCCUUCGGAUCUGCGAGGCAGCGCUCUCCAGAUGCCAGAAUUCAACUGCGAGUGUGGCAUUGUCCGCCUGUCGAACAGACAAGAGAGGAAUCAGUUCAAGUUGUGAAGUUUACAGCCGGACUGUCAACAAAGCAAAACUCCAAACUGGGCCAGAAUCCAGACAUUUUGCCGGGGCUCCCGGUUAACCACUAAUAAUAUCUUGUGGAGAGAAAAGCUUUGCAAAUAUUUAAGCUGAGAGAGCAGAUAGCGAGCUUUGGUGACCCCCACAGUGUCAAUCACAGGGCGGAGAACUGCUGAGAGGCGAUCGAUGGCUUUUUAAACUCCGCGACAAGGGCGGCGGGGCCAAACGUAAUAUUUAUGAGCCAUUUCGAGGGUAUUUUUGGACUAAAUAACCGCGGCUUCUUGUUCAGGGGUGAUAGAUAUAUAAAAGCGAAAUUGGUUUGGAGGCGUUGAGAAUUAUCAAUAUAAAAGCGCAACUGCUGAUACCUAGACCAGCGCUUUCGAAACUCGAUCAACAGGAUAAAAGCAGGAUUGAAUUUCUCUGCAUCGACCCUCUCUGUAAUUUUAAGAACGAUAUUGAGCUUGGAUACCCACUUGGAAGUGAGUUUGACAGCUACCCAGCUAAAUAGCUGCUUUAGUCCGCUGCUUGUCCUCUGUAAUUCUCUCUCAUUAUUGCCUUUUGAUAUUUGAUAUCCCCCCACCAUUGAUAUACUUAUAUUGAGCUUUCAAUGGCCUUAUUUCCAUUCUCUAGUAUAUCAUAUUAAUCUCUUCGUUUCUGCAGCAGUCGUAAUUAUGGCAGCGAAUGCAUCAGCUCCCGUCCACUAUGCCGUGCUUCUCUUCCCAGGCUUCCAGGCCCUGGAUGCUUUCGGACCCCUAGACAUCCUCAACAUCGUAGCUCUAGAGCAAGAGAUACAACUAUCAAUCAUCGGGCCAACCAUGGACCCUGUUAGCACCAAGUCCCCAAUCCCAAACUUCUACACCACCACCUCAACCUCCCACCAAUCCGUGGUGCCAACACAUACCUACGAUGCUCCGCCAGAGAACAUCGACGUCAUGAUCGUCCCUGGAGGAUUUGGCACGAGGCACGAAACCAUCAAGCCCACCGUCCAAUUCCUGAUCGAGAGAUACCCGCGCAUUCGUUACCUGCUUACCGUCUGCACCGGGUCGUACGUGGCUGCACAGGCCGGCAUCCUUGAUGGCAAGAAGGCGACCACGAACAAAAUCAGGUUCGACCUUGUAGCGGCGAAGGCUCCGCAGGUAAACUGGGUGCGGCAGGCGCGGUGGGUUGUGGAUGGGAAUAUCUGGACAUCCUCUGGCGUCAGCGCUGGGAUGGACGAGAUGUUGGCGUUUGUGCAAGAGGUCUAUGGGAGGAAACUGGCGGUGAAGGUUGCAACCAUCUUAGAGUAUAAUUGGCAUGAGGAUUCGACAACGGAUCCUUUUGCCAACUCGCCCUUGGUUGAGAUGUAUGGCGCCGGAGCUGCGGAUUGGUAUGACUUCAGGGCAGCCACGGCAAUUGGAAAGGACAGAGCAAGCAGCCAAUAGUCCAGUAUGUUUGUGAUAUUUUGAAUCAACAAGCGUGUUAGUAUGAAGAAUAACAUGAAGAAUCCCAAGCACACCAAACAGUAAAGGAACAUAUUGUUAUUGAAGAGCUACCGAGAAGUAGCUGUAUUCAAAAUAUCCAAUGAGCACCCGCAACUACAACGGCUUUCCGAAAUUAUAUAGAAGGUAUAUAUGUAUGUAUGUAUGUAUAUGUGGACGGUGAUUAAAUCCUGCUCUCCGCCGCCAUCAGCCGCCUCCUAUUUCGCUCCGCAAUCUCCAUCAACGCAUCAUACGCCCUCUGAUCCUCUCCCCUUAACAACAUCUCCCUAUUGAUAGGCGGAAUUUCCGCCACAAAUCCAUACUUGUCAUCAAUAUAACCAUAGCAAAAAGCCCUUCUUCCUCGUCUCCCCGCUGCGCCUCUACGUUCACCCACAACACACCUCCCCCCCCUCUCCUCCUCAUCUUCAUCCCCACCCAGUAGUAAUGCCUCACAACGGCCCGCCUCCCUCUCAGUCCCCUCAUUUCUCCGCCAACUCGCCUCUUUAAACUUCACCUUG